CCCGCUGCUCCCUCUUCUAAAAGUCCGACACGGACGCCUUCGUCGAGCGCCAGGUGUGCAAUCUACCGCGCUUCGCAUCUGGGAUCGAGCCACUCUUCUCCGCCGGUAUUACGAGGACAUCGAUUUCCCGUGUGCUCAUCGAGACGUUCUAUGCGAGCGCCGUGUUUCAGCUCCCGGAUGCGAGCCUCGUGGCGGCGGUCAUGGAGUACCAUGUCUUUGACAGUGAGAUUCCCCCUUUGUCGUCGCGCUAUCUCCGCAUCUCUCUGUGGGGUGGAUUGAUGGAUGAUCACAAGCACGACGACGAGAACUCUUAUACCGAGCGCCUGGACGAGUACUUCCAGACCCAGGUCCGCACUCUUGAGUGCCUGCGCAAGCUGCCCGGUGCCGAGGGGUCCCACAUCCACAUGGUCUUCUACCAUUGCUUUUUCGAGAAGUUCAAGUAUUUCACGCCGCUGCUGGCGCCGCUACUCUUCGCUUUGGGGAAGCAGGGCAAAUAUGUGGGUUUGACGAGGCAGGAGGAGUGUUUUCGCAUCGCGCCUUUCUGUUGCCCCGCGCGUAUGCUGGAAUUCGAUAUGAAAAUGCAGAAGACCCUGCCGUGCAAGGAGGAUUUCACUUGUCUGAUGGACAGUGUGCUCGAAGAGUUGGUGGGAAGUCUCGUCAGUGCAACAUCAUUCGUAAGCGAAGGACACUGUCAGAGUUUCGUGGCGUUACUGACCUCUUUGCAUGACGAUCUUACACAGCCGAGCUUCCCGCCUUCGCUUUAGGUUGGAGAUAACUCCAAUUCCCUUAAUAUUAAAGUGC